AUGACAAGUGUGGAGGAUGGUAUUGAAGUGGGCCAGAAGAGGAUUUUCAUGUCUCAUGGAGGCUGCAGAGAUGAACUCAACCUGAAGCAGGGCUCCCAGUACCUCAUCAUCGGCCCCAAAGACGACCAGUGGAACACUGACACCGACACAAACAGAUUCAUCUACAUGUUAGGAAAGGACACCUGGGUGGAACGCUGGCCUUUGUCUGCAGAGUGCUCCAGCAAUCCCAGCCUGCAAGCGAAAUGCAAGAGCCUCCAAGAUACUGCAGAUGAACUAUCUGUCAACGCCUGCAGGCUAUAGAGGUGUCUGAGCAGCAACUGUGCACCAGUCUCCUCUGCCCAAAGAUGGUUAAAAAAUCACUGAGUUCAUGAUUAUUUUAACCCAGCCUGUACAGUAAAGACAUUCAACAAGUUGUGUUUUCACUGUGGAAAUAAGAACUGUAAGUGGAGCUAGUUAUAGAAACGUAAGUGUAAAGUUGUUCUCUACCGUAAUGAUAUAUUAAGAAUGAGGAACUAAAUGCCACUGGCAGCAAAAAGAGUAAUAAAAACACACUAAACAGCCUCCUCAAAGGGUUUAUAGCUUUUAUAGAAUGAUUAACAAUAAGAAAAGGAAAUUAAUUGAUAAAUGAUUUAAAGCAAACUUCUUAGGUUCUAUUUAAGUCUGUCAAUUUGCAUUCUCUUUGAUUGGUCUGUCCUAAGAAAUAUAUAAAAUCAGCGGUUUUCUGCAUGAAUAAACAAACUACUUAAGAUAUA